AAACGGGGAUGAGCUGUUUUGGGGUGUUGUAAAUUUUGUGUAGCCAAGAAAUCUUGAGUGGGAGUUGUCGGGGCUGAUUUCUUCUGUCUUUUGUGUCGUGUUCUGCACCGAUUACUACCACGUCAACCGCAGCCAUGCCAGGGAUAGAGAAGCUUCCGAUAGAGGAGACGUUGGAGGAUAGUCCGCAGACUCGGUCCCUGCUGGGAGUGUUUGAGGAGGACACUGCAGCGAUGUCCAACUACUGCACUCAGCUCUACCAGGCGAUGCAGAGGAUUUAUGAUGCACAGAACGAGCUCAGUGCUGCCACACACCUGACCUCCAGACUGCUAAAAGAGUACGACAAACAGCGUUUUCCUCUCGGAGGCGAUGAUGAGGUGAUGAGCUCCACCCUACAGCAGUUUGCAAAAGUGAUCGACGAGUUGAGUUCCUGUCAUGCUGUCUUGUCAACCCAGCUUGCAGAUGCCAUGAUGUUUCCCAUCACUCAGUUUAAAGAGAGAGACCUGAAGGAGAUCCUCACUCUGAAAGAAGUCUUCCAAAUAUCCAGUGAUGAUCAUGAUGUAGCCAUAAACAGAUACAGCCGUCUGUCCAAGAAGAGAGACAACGACAAGUUGCGGGCGGAGGCCGUGGAGGACAUUUACACCUCCCGCAAGAAACAGCACCAGACCAUGAUGCACUACUUCUGCUCGCUCAACACGCUGCAGUACAAGAAAAAGACGGCGCUGCUGGAGCCGCUGUUGGGAUACAUGCAGGCACAGAUCAGUUUCUUUAAGCUGGGUUCAGAAAAUCUCACUCAGCAGUGGGUAGACUUCCUGGGAACAAUAGGAACCAGCGUCCAGAAUGUGCGUCGGGAGAUGGAGGAGGAGGUCGGGCAUAUGCAUGAGACGAUCCAGGAGAUGGAGCAAUCAUGUGACCCUCUGUACGCACCAUGUGACCCUGACCCCGCCCACUCACCUGUCUGCAGAAACCUGACCAGGAAACAGGGCUACCUGCACAUCCGCAAUAAGACGGGGCUGGUGUCGUCAUCCUGGGAGCGUCAGUACUUCUUCACACAGGGCGGUAACCUGAUGCAGCAGGGCCGCGGCGAGGUGGCGGGGGGGCUCGUCACAGACCUUGACAACUGCUCAGUCAUGGCGGUGGACUGUGAUGACCGCCGCUUCUGCUUUCAGGUCACUUCCUUCGAUGGCAAGAAGGUUGUGACGCUGCAGUCGGAGAGCAGGAGGGACUGCCAGGAGUGGAUCUCCACCAUCAACAACAUCUCCAAAAGGAUCUACCUGAGUGAGAAUGCAGAGGAGCUUGCGGCCAGAGUGAACCAAUCAGCUCUUGAAGCCGUGACGCCUUCGCCAUCCUUCCAGCAGAGGCAUGAGAGCAUGAGACCCAGCAGUAAAGGGCGUGCGGGCCGAGCUAGCAGCAUAAGCUCUGUCGGCUCUGAGCCGUCGCCGGCCCUCUCUGUGCUCUCAUUGGACGCCCUGGUCGCCCCGGAAACACCAAUCCAGUUCGACAUCAUAUCCCCUGUCACCGAGGAGAACUCAGGACAGAGCAAGACGGCAGCACAGUCCAGCAGGAGGAGUAACCCUUUUGGAGAGUCAGGGGACAGCACGUCAGAGGACAGUGAAGACUCGAUCCUCCACCAGCUCUUCAUCGUUCGCUUCCUGGGCUCCAUGGAGGUGAAGUCUCCUGAGUCAGUGGACAUCAUCUCAGAGACCAUGAGGCAGAUCCUGGCAGCGAGAGCCAUCCACAACAUCUUCAGGAUGACCGAGUCCCACCUGCUGGUCACCUGCGACUGCCUCAAGCUCAUUGAUCCUCAGACGCAAGUCACUCGACUCAGGUUCCCUCUCUCCACGGUGCUCCAGUGUUCGUCCCAUCAGGACAACAAGAGGCUGUUUGGUCUGGUUUUGCAGCCUGUAGGAGGGCAGGGUGACAGCCGAGCCGUCUGCUACAUCUUCGAGUCCAACAACGACGGGGAGAAGAUCUGCGACAGCGUUGGCUUGGCAAAACAGAUCGCCUUCCACUCUGAGAUGGACCGCAAGGCCGUGGAGAAGAGGAAGGAGACCGACAAGGCCAAAGAGAAACAGCAGGAGGAGCUCAGCAAACAGAAACAGAUCGAGAAGGAUCUGGAGGAGCAGAGCCGUUUGAUCGCCGCCUCGAGUCGCCCCACUAACCCGCCCGCCGCUGACGAGCAGUUCCUCGUGCUCAGCAACAGCCAAUCAGAGGACAGUGACGCUGGCGAGGAGGGGAAGAAGAAGGGGGAGUCUGAAGCCUAACGAAUGCUAACGGAGCGUCUUUUAACAUGCUUACUCCCAGGUGGUAAUAUCGAAGCAACAGCUCAGGAAACAGAGGAGGGGAACACCACUUGCCCGCUCAGGCUGCCUGGGAGUAAGAAGACAAGCGCUCCCUCUCUGCCGGACUAAACUAAACGCACCCUCAUACUACAAGAGGAGGGGAAACUCGUCACAGACUUACAUGUUUUAUUCUUCUGUGUGUAAAAAACACAGCUUUUUAUACCGGCUUCACUCUCAAGAAAAAGACGCAAGUAUUGAUUUAACCUGCCAGAUUUAUUUUAUUUUAAGGAAAGGGCUAACAGCAAAGACAAAGGGGUUUGUGUGUGAAAUAAUGACCCGGGAUCUGUGAGAGAGAAAAGUCAGGUUUCCAUUGUUUCCCUGAGGGUGAGAGGAAGUCUUAUUUUGGCCUUCCUGUUUGUUUUGAAGCAUUCUGCAGAGUUGACUUUUUUUUUUUUCUUAAAGAGAAACUUUUGAUUGAUGUUUUUUUUUGGCAAAAUUGGGCUGAAUUUGGUGGAAAAUACACUGUUUAUUUUAUUAGUCGCUUUUCAAACUAAAUUACAAAAAUCUUGAUUAAAGUUGCCUCUCAAAGAUUUCCUCUUAACAUAUUAAUGUUGUUUUGACUACCCAUUUAUAAUAACUUUUUUAAAUUCGUGCCGCUUGGAAGUCACUGGGUAAAUGAUAGUUAAAAUUAAAAUGACUCCGUUGAAAGGAUUAUUAACAAUUGUUACAGUUCGGUCUGUAUUCCAAAUAAAACUUACUCACAAACUGUCGAUCAUAACAAGUUAAUUGUAGAAUAAUUAUCAACAAUUUCAGGCCAGUUUGUUCCAGAUGUUUCAACUUAAUGAGCUGGAAGUCAUCAUAUCAGCUCUCUGUAUGGGGACGCAGAUCACGCUUUUGGCUAUUUCUACAAUUUUACACAAAUGAUUGAAGACAAAAGUAUCUCUUUUCAAAUAUCAACCACUUUUAUUCCAGCACUAAUUUUUCCUUUUAUCAUAAUAGGUCAAAUGCACCUUUACUAUAUUAUGUUUCAGAAUUCAUCCUUUUCAGUGUUUCAGUUUUGGUUAAUUAUUAAUGUAGAAAAAGAAGCAUAUCAUUAGUCAUGUUUUGUGAAGCAUCUCACGCUGUUUGUAUGGGAUGUGCAAUAGCAUGUUGAACUGGAGGCACAAAGGUGUGAAACUGCAGAAAAUCUGAUAUUCCACACUUUAUAUAAAGAUUUGUACUCCAAAAGUAUCUGCCUCUUACGAAUUAAUAGUUGCAUGAAAGUAGUGCUCAUGAAUAAUGAUCGUAUCACAGAAGAGCCGCAGCUGCCUUGCUCUUCUUUCUUUAUCGUAAAGAUUGAUCUGUGGACUGAAAGCACACCUUUACAUUAAAAGGUGUCAUCCUUUUUUUGUCUUAUGAUAAGCUGGUACAUCUUACCGCUUCAGAAACGUUGAAGAUAAUGUAACAUUUUAACAAACUUUCUGCUAAAUACUGAGCUGAGUCAGUUUCUCCUGGCGUCACAUUAUCUAUCCGUGCUUUUACAACAUGUUUGUGUCAUUUGUUUGGGGCCUUUUCUUUUGAUCCAGAGUGAUCCACAGUGAUAAGGGUUAGAGGGUUAAAACCUCAGUAUCAGCAUUUAGGAAGAAUAAAUGCAGGGGGGUUAAAGUCGGAGGUCACCGUCUCCUGUGGGGAGGCUUAAUAAACGGUUACUGAUGAUUCUUUUUUGUUAUUUUCUUUUGGGGAGAGUGUUUGGUUGCUAUUACCUGGUGAAAAAAUCCAGCUGAAGUGGAGUUGCACUUUACUGACGCGGGAAAACACCAUGAUGAUGUUAAACUGUAAAUAUGUUUUAGUGAAAAUGGUUUCAGUGUAAUGAAUAAUACAAUUUAAGAAAUUGCUUUACAGUGAUAAAUAAAAGCACUAACUCCA